GAAACCAUAAAAAUAAACGUUCCUAGGAAGUCAUAUGACUGAUCUUUUCCAACAUGGCUCGAGCACUGUUGUUGUUUGUGUUUAUGUUGUCUGGUGUCUUUGCUGGACGCUACUUUAACGAGAAACAGCCAUGCUAUCGACCCAAGCUGACCAAGCACAAUGGAGUCAGGACGUUGCCUAGACCCCACCAGUUCUUGAAACUCAAUGAGCUCCCCAAGACGUGGGACUGGAGGAACAUCAACGGCACCAACUACGUCAGCACCACUCGCAAUCAGCACAUCCCCCAAUACUGUGGCUCCUGCUGGGCACACGGCAGCACCAGCGCCAUGGCAGAUCGCAUCAACAUCAAGCGAAAGGGAGCCUGGCCCUCUGCUUAUCUUUCAGUCCAGAAUGUGGUGGACUGUGGUGAGGCCGGCUCCUGUCAUGGAGGGGAUCACUCUGGGGUGUGGGAGUACGCCAACAAACACGGCAUCCCUGACGAGACCUGCAACAACUACCAGGCCAAGGACCAGAAGUGCAAACCAUUCAAUCAGUGUGGAACCUGCACAACUUUCGGGGUCUGUAACAUCAUCCAGAACUAUACCCUGUGGAAGGUCGGAGACUUCGGCGCCAUCAGUGGGAGGGAGAAGAUGAUGGCUGAGAUCUACGCUGGAGGACCUAUCAGCUGUGGAAUCAUGGCCACUGACAAGUUGGACGCCUACACUGGAGGCCUGUACUCUGAGUACAUUGAGGAGCCCUUCAUCAACCACAUUGUAUCUGUUGCCGGCUGGGGCAUGGAUGAGAACGGUGUGGAAUUCUGGAUCGUCCGCAACUCGUGGGGAGAGCCAUGGGGUGAGAAGGGCUGGCUGAGGAUCGUGACCAGUGCCUACAAGGGAGGAAGUGGCAGUCAGUACAACCUGGCAUUGGAGGAAGACUGCAUGUAUGGAGAUCCCAUCGUGCCCAAGACCUACAUGUAGACAACAGGGAGUGGGACCAACCAAUGUUUCUUCUAAACACCUGGGGCCUCCAACUGUUGUGUAAAUUUCACACUAAAUAUCUGUCCUCAUCAAAAUAUUGAGGUUUUAAAACUGCACGCGUGAACGAGCGUGAAAACUCUGCCUGAAAAAUGCCCUCAUUCACCUUUUUAUGGUGACAAUAAUGCCAUUUAUUUGCUGUAUAAAUUGGAACUAUUGGAAUUAGGCCACAGUUUCUAAAAGAAAGCACAAAUUUGAUCAAAUGUUUUGAGGUGUUGACAGAAUCUUAAUAUUUUGCAGAGGACAGUUUCUGAAAGGGAAAAAGUGGCACAUGUGUGUGGACCUGUCAGUAGAACGUUUGAAUUCAAUGUUUCGCAUAAACUUUCCCCAACAACCUAAAUAUGCUUAACUUCCCGUGAAAUCUGAAACGUUGUCUUGUCUACUCUCAAACAUUUUAAUUUAUGGUAAGCUACUGACAGUUCCAGGCUUUUACAUUGAAGUAUAUCUUAUAAACUGCGCUGCCUAUGGGAUUGCAUGUGCUAUAUAUUUACUAGGCCCAUUUUAAAUGAGAUGGUAAUUUGUUGUAUGGCUAGCAUCCAGAAAAGGUGAGGAAUUUAUUCUGCAAUGGUUAUGAAAAUAAUUUCCUAAUUAUUUAAGAUCACAAAACUAAAUGUGUACCUAUACAUUUUUGCUCUUCUAACAAAUGGUUGCAUUUAUUUUUUUAAAUAAGUGUGUCAUCCACCAUUUGCACAAAAUACCAACUUGCCUGCUUGGAAUACCAGACUUCAACCACUACAAAAUGUGUGUUUGCAUGGAGGUAAGCACAUUUUCAGUUUUUAUGAAUGCCAACUUUUGCAUGUAGGCAGCAUUUAUAAAUGAGGCCCCUGAAGCUGUUACAAAGAAUAGGCAGCAUUGUAUAUCUAUAGUUUUCUUUGACAAUCUCAGGCUACUUCCACAUUGUAACAAUGUACCAUGGUAAAAUCAGGAAGAGGGAAGUUAUUUAAAAAAAAAUGUUGCGUUGAUGUGCUUUCGGAUCUUUCUUAUACAAAAUGUUACUGAACAAGUCAUUAUGUACUUUGUCUUUUGAACAAGUACAAAUGCUGAUAUUAGGUGCAAUUUAGCUUAAGCUCAAAAGGCUAGGAAGAAUUAAUUGUGGCUGUAAAUGUUAAAGCUUUGAUCAAUUCUGAUGCCACUUGUCUUUUGUUGUAUGCAAAUUUAACUGAAUGAUUUCAGUAUUCUGAAAGCAAGGCCAGGAUUCAAACAAAUGGACUGACAUCUCACUGCACUUAGCUUAAAGGUAAUUUAUGCUUGUCGUCAUGACGGUUUCCACAGUUCAAUUUGUUUGAAUCCAGGCCUGUUACAGAAAAUUGUUUUAAUAGUUGAUACAUUUUCUGAACCACCUCAAAAUAAAUGCUGCAGAAUGGUGGAUGUCGCUACGUCUGGAACUAAUAAAACUAAGAUGUGUCAUGA